UUUAAGCUAAAGCAAAUCCCUUUCCGCCCCUAAAUUAACCCCCAGUCCCAGACAUGUCCUCUCUUUUUCUUCCUUUGAUUCACUUUCUUUCUUUCUUCCUCUGGUCUUACAGAAAAGGAACAUGGUUUGCUGUAUCAAGUUUGAAUCUAUGUAAUCUUACAACUUGAUUACUUUAAUACUAAUAAAAGGCAUAAUCUUUAAUUUAUUACUGUUUUAAGUCCUAUUUAUUUCCUAUAUAAUAUAUUUGUCCCUACUCUGUGGUCACCCCUCUCUCUUGUUAAAAAGUCUGCAGGAUAAGCAAGAAAAAAUAGAUACUCUACUCUUUUUCUUUUUUAUUAUAUACAACCCCACUAAUAACCCCAUUUUCUAGAGAGAGGAAGUGUUGGACUGUUCUAGAGUGAGAAAGUUUUGGAAGCUCACCUCUGCUGCUCUUCUAUUUGUUAAUGGAUAAUAAAAGCUGUAAUUCAUCUGGUGGUGACGCUGAUUCUACUUCUGCUACGAGUAGUAGCAGCAGUGGUAAUAGGGACAUGUAUUUGAAACACCUUAACAAAAUCUCCCAUAAGAUUUCUAAACCCAUUAGAAAACCUCCUCCUCCUCCUCCUCUUUUUGACAACAACCAGAAUCUUCAGACGCGUCCCCAGGCACAGACCCAACACGCGCCACCACCGGGACCGCCUCUUCAGAAUUUGCAGCCUCAACCGCAGCAACAGCCACCGGUCUAUAAUAUUAACAAGAGUGAUUUUAGAGAUGUUGUUCAGAAGCUUACUGGUUCGCCUGCUCAUGAACGAAUUUCUACUCCUCCGCCUAUACAGCAGCCUAAGGCUCCGAGUUCACGGUUGCAGAGGAUCCGUCCUCCGCCGCUUGCUCAGAUUACCAACCGGCCUCCUCCCUUCGUGAACGCUUCUAAUGCUGUUGCUGGUGGAGGUAUUGGAUGUGGUGGUGGAUUUGUUGGCGGUCAACGGCCUGUUCAAGCACAGCCGUUAUCUCCUCUUCCGCCGUUUCCAGGGGUACAUGCCUCGGCGGAAUCGCCGAUCUCCGCUUACAUGAGGUUUCUGCAGAGCUCAAUCGCCUCUGGUCCCAGUGGGUUAUCACCACUGGCUCCGCGGUGGAACAGCGUUGGUCCGCCGCAGCAGCAGCCGCCGUUUCCACCUCAGUCGUUUCCGCUGCAGCAGCAACAGAACAUUCCUCCGCCGCCGACAACGUCUUCUUCCGUUUUACCUCCGUUUCCAGCUUUUCCGUCAUCGCCGCUGCCGUUUGGGUGUUUGCCGUCGCCAAAAUCGCCGUACGGUUUGCUGUCUCCCAGUCUGCUGCUUUCACCGUCCGGUCACCUAGGGUUUCAGCAGCUCCCUCUCUCGCCGACACUUCCUGUGCCAAGCCCAAAAUGGAAGGGUAUUUGAGGAAUUUCAUAGAAACAUUAAAAAAAAGGUAAGUCUUUUAGGAGUUUUAAAAAUCUAUAUUUUGUUUUUUUUUUUUUUUUUUUACAAUAGAAAUAUAUUUUGUACAUGUACAUUUUGGGGGGAAUUUGAUUGGAUUAUAUUCAAGAGUAGUCUUUUAUGCCCAAAUAUGAUGAUGUAGCUAUCAAAUGGCUAAUUAGGGUUUGUUUUGUACAUGACUGUUAAAGACAAUGAAGAGAAUUUUUUGUUUGUUAA